AUGGGUGGACUGGGCAAAACCACGCUUGCUCAGUCUGUGUACAAUGGCGACGAGAGAGUAGAGACGCAUUUCAACGUCAGAGCGUGGGCUUGUGUGUCGGAAGAAACUGACAAUGCUAAGAUAACAAAAGGUAUCAUCGAGUCGGCCACUAGAAGAGCUUGUCAACUCGAUGAACUAGAGCCACUCCAAGGGGAACUUAAGGAGCAGUUAGAUGGGAAGAAAUUUCUGAUCGUUUUAGAUGAUGUAUGGAAUGAGAAACGGGGGGACUGGGAACAACUGCGGAGACCAUUCCAAUUUGGGGAAAGAGGAAGUAGAGUUAUAGUGACCGCAAGACUUGAAAAAGUUUCAGCUUAUCAUCUGGGUUGCCUGGAAAAUGAAUACUGCUGGUCGAUACUAAAACAACAAGCAACCGUAGAGGAUGUCAGGAUUAGAGAACACUAA